AUGUCUGUGGACAUUGAUGGUGGCGUAGAAGCGUCUGCGACGGGCCCUCUCUUAAGGCUACCUCUGAAUCAUUCUGAACGCCAUUCCUGGCUCUUUUUUUUCUUGAAAAUAGAGCCAAGGGUGGACUCAGGGAUGCAAACGCGGUAGCUCUAACUCUGGCGUCCGUUUCGGAAGUGGUGGGGGAAGCGGUUUUGCAUUUUGACGAUGACAAUUAAGGGAUGUAGAUCUACUUGUAGUUGUACUUUUCUAAUUCAUCAUCCUAGUACUUUAUAAUUUGAACCUUGUUUCUUGAGAAGCACCUUGUUUCAGGAGAGGCAGGGAUGUUGGAGGGUACUAUUCAUUUUGGGGGAAUAUACAGGUACGAUCGCAUCGAAGUGCAGCAAGUUCUGAGUUCUAGGCUCAGACUGUUUUUUAUUUGCUGUAAGAAGAAUCACUGCAGGACUUUGGUCUUCCUCGGUCUAUCUCAUCAUUGUCUUCUUGUAAGGGAAACCGCGUUCAAGGUGCGUAGAUGAGAGCAACAUGAAUAUACAGAUGCACCAGGUAGCUUGUGGGUUCUAAGAAAAUGAAGAGAUGACAAAUCCAGCGAUUGGCGACGGUGGUCAUGUUAAGGCGAAACAGAAACCUUGAUAAAGAAGCAUCUUCGUAUUGAAUAAACAUUUCUAAAAACAUCUAGUAUUUGUAGGUGUACUCUUUGAAGUUGAAGUUUUCAUUCUCUAUUUGUUUCGGUAGCUUCUUUUUGUACUGUACUAGUUUCCACCACCAUGCUGCGUAUUUCUUCCGAGAUAACAAGGCUCGAAUUUGAAGAUCAACCGAUUUCCUGGUCCCCCUGUGGUUCUGGCGCCCAUGAUACACACGACCGAGACAAAAGUUGUAACCCAUGCUGGCGGCGCAAAAACGAAAACGACGGUCCAUCAAGUCUUUGAUUCUGUCACUGGGGAAGUGCAAGGAGGAGCAGUAUCGGUGAGCACGACACAGGUUAAGGAGAUAAUCCGUUUCUUUUUCUGAGGUGUAGAGUAUCAAGACAGGUUUCAUGGUGGAGAUCAUAGUCGAUUGAUUCCUCUUGUAAGUAUUCAACAAGGAGGACAUAAUCGAUCCCUUUCUCUUGUAAGUCUUGUAUCAUCCUUCAAGUAUCUUCAUAUACCAGAGGCUUUCCUCUUGAGAAUGGAUAUGAUUAAUAUAGAUUGUUGAGGAAUAUGAUUUUAUUUUUCCCAUUGAUAGACACAGAAUUAGAUUACAACAGGGCGGCUCUAAUGUAAGGGCAGAUGCGGCAACUGUGGAUGAUCAUGAGGACGAAAUGGAAGAGUCGGGUGAUGGUCUAGGAGUUGCUUCUUUAUGAUCGUCGUGACGAUCCUCUAUCAAUUACAAUGUUGAUCGUUGUCCUCUUUACAAUUUUACUACUAAUACAACAGAAUAUGCAUUUAGACAUAUUACGCAUUUGCAAGGGACCAGAAUAUGCGUUUUUUAGAGAUUAUACGCAUUUACAAGGGAGGACCUCUUUAGAGGGAUGCGAACGCGGUACCUCUAACUCUGGAGCCUGUGGAGGAAGCGUUUUCGCAUUUUGACGGUUACGAGUAAGGGAUCUAGAUCUACUUAUACAUAGUUGUCCUUUUCUAAUUGUUCGUCCUAGUACUUUAUAAUAUGAGGUGUUGUACUUUUCCACCUUGUUUCAGGAGAUGCAGGGAUGUUGAAGGGUACUAUUCUUUUUUGGGGAAUAUACAGGAACUACUCUUUUUGGGGGAAUAUACAGGUACUAUUCAUUUUGGGGGAAUAUACAGGUACAAUCGCAUCGAAGUGCAGCAAGUUCUGAGUUCUAGGGUCAGACUGUUUUUUAUUUGCUGUAAAAAGAAUCACUGUAGUACUUUGGUCUUCCUCGGUCUAUCUCAUCAUUGUCUUCUUGUAGGGGAAACCUCUCUAGAACGCGUUCAAGAUGCAUAGAUGAGAUCAACAUGAAUAUACAGAUGCACCAGGUAGCUUGUGGGGUCUAAAAAAAUGAAGAGAUGACAAAUCCAGCGAUUGGCGACGGUGGUCAUGUUAAGGCGAAACAGAAACCUUGAUAAAGAAGCAUCUUCAUAUUAAAUAAACAUUUCUAAAAACGUCUAGUAUUUGUAGGUGUACUCCUCGAAGUUGAAGUUUUCAUUCUCUAUUUCGGUAGCUUCUUUUUGUACUGUAGUUUCCACCACCAUGCUGCGUAUUUCUUCCGAGAUGACAAGGCUCGAAUUUGAAUCCUGUUACCCCUGAUGUGGUUGUGGCGACCCAGACAGAAGUUGCAUUCGAUGCUGACGGCGGAAAAACGGAAACGACGGUCCAUCAAGUCUUUGAUUCUGUCACUGGGGAAGUGCAAGGAGGAGCAGUAUCGGUGAGCAGGACACCAGUUAAGGAGAUAAUCCGUUUCUUUCCCUGAGGUGUAGAGUAUCAAGACAGGUUUCAUGGUGGAGAUCAUAGUCGAUUGAUUCCUCUUGUAAGUAUUCAACAAGGAGGACAUAAUCGAUCCCUUUCUCUUGUAAGUCUAGUAUCAUCCUUCAAGUAUCUUCAUAUACCAGAGGUUUUCAUCUUGAGAAUGGAUAUAAUUAGAUUGUUGAGGAAUGGUUUUAUUUUUCCCAUUGAUAGGCACAGAAAAAGAUUACAGCAGGGCGGCUCUAAUGUAAGGGCAGAUGCGGCAACUGUGGGAGACGAAAUCGAUCACGCAGUACUAUUUUUACCGAAACCUCCUCCGUGACUUUCCUAAGGUCUACUUGAUUUUAUCAGGGGCUUCUCUGGAGCACUUCUUCUACAUACACAUACACUAUGCAUUGCUCUACUUCUUCAUCUGACAGGAGUGCCCUACACUGUGGCAUAAUUCUUCCUGGCUCAAUAUCUUCAGGAUAAGUCGAUGGGAGGUUCCGGAGAUGCUGGCAAACAGUCGAUGGAGGAUGCUUUUUCACGACUCCCGUUGCCGGUGGCUGCCCAUGACGAUCACGAGGACGAUCAUAAGGACGAUCACAAGGACGAUCAUAAGGACGAAAAGGAAGACGAUCAUGAAGGCGAUCACGAGGACGAAAAGGAAUUAUGAUCGUCGUUUAAGCUUCUCUUAGAGUCACUGAAUUCUCUCAUAAUUCUUUUCAUGACUGAAGAAUAACUCAAGAAACUUCACUUUGUUCUUUACAACUACUACUUACUAGUGACUACUUAGGAAUUACUAAAAUUAACUCUUCUCACUGACUCUUCUAAUGUCGGAUGAGUACCAUUGUUCCGGUAUUGUGGUUGCGAUAUGGUCCUUGCUUAUCGCGAGCUUCCUGAUUGUCGCUGUUGUGCUUUACUGCGUCGUAACCAAGGUGAUUGAGGCACUCUACGGUGAUAAAGACAGAAGCAGAUCUCGAUCGCGAAGAACUGAUGUUAUGAUGAGAGAUGCUUGAGAACGAUGUUAAACGAACACUAGAAAUGGAGGGGGACGACAUAUCCAAUGGUAUAACACGAACUACUUUUACGUCUAAGCGUUGCGCUUCGUGACUUCAUAUUAUUUGAGGCUGCAGGGUGUCACCGUAUAGUCUAGGGUUUGGCAUGCUAGCCAAUGAUAGGGGUUUGUGAUUUUGAAUUUUUUCUUGUCUAAUCAGCAAUGGACAGCGGAUCAAUACGAUAUUACCGUGGAGAACUGCGAAGAUUCCGGGAUUAAGGGAGAUGAGGUAUAAUUUCGUAGCAUUUUCAAUACUAUUCUGGGUGGAUCCAGGGAGAUGAGGUACUAUUAGAUUUUGAAUAUUCCGGGAUGAUGGGAGAUGAGGUAUAAUUUAGUAGCAUUUUCAAUACUAUUCUGGGUGGAUCCAGGGAGAUGCAUGAGGUACCUCUACGUGUUUGAAGGUUGCUUUUACCGAACAGCCGAACUUAGAGAUGAUACUUGCCUAAUUUUUGUUCUCACCUACUUUCAUUCUUUGUUCCUUUCACAGGUGAUCGACGAGAUGGAGGAAAAGGACGAGACGCUGAACAACGCGGUAGAAGCCGAGGAGAGAACGAGUAUAAAGAUAAUAUUUUUUUUUUCUUCUUAUGAAGCGAAAAAGUGUGCUCAUCCUCAAGAAAGUAGGCACUUUCUAAGUAGGAAAAAACCUCUUUUCUUGAGCAUGAGUACACUUUUUUCUGUCAUUUAUCUUCUCAUGAAUCAUGGAUGGUCCAGUUUUAUUCUCUGCAAUGGUCUAGUACUGAGUCUAGUCUGUAGAAGUGGUACAAGUGCGUUAGUGGAGGUCUCAUCAGAAAUCAUGAUACUCAGGGUCAAUUCACUGCUCUUCGACUAUUAAAAGCUUGUGGUCCUGCAACGGAUCUUCAUUAUCAAUCUUAAGAUCUUCAUUGUCAAACAAUCUUUACUUGAAGAAGCUUAAGAUGCCGAAGCAUGAACAUCUCACCUCUACCUAGGUGAAACAACGGAGCCGAAAUCCUCUACCAAAGUCGAUGCGAAUGAUGAGACGCAUAUGGAUGUCAAGGGAGCACGCACAUCGGGAACCCGCGGAUCGACCCGAUCGAAAACUCUUAAGGCGGUCUCAUGUUUGUUAACCAAGAUACCGAAAAUCGUACACCAUUGGCCGAGUGCAUCCAUCGUAGUCGAUCUAUCGGAGUAUACUUAGCACCCGUCAAAGUACGAGGUAGCCCAAGUGAGUACCUCUGCACUACUCAGAAGUUAAUCUGCUCUAUCGCAACUCAGAAUUAGUUAGUUCAGUCUAAUCCCUGCGCAAGUGGCUACAAGACGGGGUCGAUCUCCUUCGGUCAGGCAGAAGAACGGUUUGGCUCCGUUGUCUUUGGAGGGUCAGACGCUGAGGCUCCUUUCGGUGCAUCCGAUACUGACUCUAAGUAAGUGUUCGACACUGAGGCUCCUUUCGGUGCAUCCGAUACUGACUCUAAGUAAGUUUUCGACACUGAGGCUCCUUUCGGUGCAUCCGAUACUGACUCUAAGUAAGUGUUCGACACUGAGGCUCCUUUCGGCGCAUCCGAUACUGAAUCUAAGUAAAUGUACUGUACAAGGGUGAGUAGAUGAAAGGAAGUGCACUCCCACUCCGUAUGCAUACGCUUAGUUUCGAUGAAUCAGGUGAGGGGAAAUAUAUGUACAAUUUCGGUUCGUUUGAUAGAACUAGACGGGGUACUACUGUCUCGAUCUGGAGGUCGAAACACUGUACUAAUUUCAAGACUAAUGCUGGAAGUGAACAGAGGGGGGAUAAAUGAGCACUACCAGAAUGAUACAAGAAAGAGUUAGGAAAAGGAUUAGGAUCAAUGUUCGCACUUCGACUUAUUACAACAACUCCAUGUCAUAUUCGCUUACAGCUCGAAACAUUAGCAUUCAAUCGAAAUUGCAUAGCUAUAAAAGUCUUAUGAAAGAGAUGCAUAGCAACCCAAUGAAUUAUGAGAUAAACAUGAAGUUCCGCCAGACAUUCUAUCUUAUCAAUCAAAUUUACUAGCAAAAGCAACCAUGAAAUAUAAAAUCAGUUACUUUUCCGAUGAUGAACGUAAUCUUGCGUUCAAAAUUCCUAAACUUACACAACCAAGAGCUUCAACAAUCUUCUAUUCCGCGUUCCGUACAGCUCCCCAUGUAAUUCAUUGUGCAUCCCAACAUUCAUUCGAUAUUAAACCACCCAUAUUAAAACACCCUUGGUGUUGAAAGACGCAUACCCAAAAGCCCAAUAAGAACAUCGAUUAGAGAACUCAAAGAUCCAUACGCAACGACCCCUACUGAACUCACAUCAAUUAGACACUUGAACUUGACCAUAAUCACACACUUGAACUUGAUCUUUCACAUGCAAUACUGCAAAGCAAGAAUGAGAAAAAGAUAUUGCCACGUAGGUAUCCAUGUCCCAGGACAGACCACUUCCAUACCAAGAAAGAUUCUGCCCAGACAAACUUAGAACACCAAUUGCAAAGCCAAGCGCUUGGAAGACAUGCAUCAGCCUAAGGGAC